GGCCAUGACUGGAACCACCUGGCUGAGGACCUCCAAACUGCUGGCACCAAGCUUCCGAUGGACCUGGCCCUGGCACCCGUGUAUCGUUACGUCAUGAACCUCCAUCCGCACGUGUAUGGCCGUGACGACGUGCCAGUCGACCUUGCUGAGCACUGCAGCCACGACGGUUUCUUGUACGUCCUGGAGCUGGGCUUCGAUCCGACUAGCUACGUCUACGCG